UCUUUCUCCCCCUAAUGGCUGCUUCCAGGAAGGUAAUGCUGUCUUGUCCCUGCAGCCCUCCUUUCUUUACAAGCCUAAAAUCUUGAUUUGGAUCUUGUUAUAAUCUCCUUGGACUCACCAGGAUUGCCUCUCCUUCCUAUAAUCCACCGGGCUUCUUUGUUGUGUUUUUCUUCCUGUCAUAGGCGACUGCAUAGUUUCCCAAGGUCCCAACCCUGAGUAAAGAAGGACUAAAUACCCCACAGAAGGAUUGCCACAGUUUUCUAGAUACAUUUGAAGUGCUAGUUCUGCGCUCAGCCUUUCGUUCAGCACCCACAAUGAUUGGAAACAUGGAUGCCAAUGGCCAUCUGUCACAUCUCUUCUUCGUGCUUUUCUCUCUGCUGAUCGGUCUGCCUGUUGUGGAAGCCUUGGAUGCGGGCGAUGCACUAGCCCUCCUGUUGGGCAUGGUUCUAAGCUGCAUUGGAUUAUGUGCCUGCCUCGGCAUGUAUGCAAGGAAACGAAAUGGAGAACUAUGACGCUAAGAAAGAGAUGUCUAUGUCAAGGAUAACAUGAGAUUAUAAAGUUUCUGGAUGUUCCUAUUCCUGGAGUAUGGACUAUCCUUGGUGGAAGAUUUUGAAGAAUUGCACUGCAUAGGAAGAGAAUUGUUUCAUAUUUCUUGUGAUUAAGAUAUUGGUUUUAAUAUGGAAAUAGUUUGUUUUUUCUUGAUAGAAGAAAUUAACAAUAAGAUUUUUCAUAGAGAUUGAGAUGCAAUGGGGUUUUUAAAAAUUCAGGGCAGGAGAAGUGGUCUGGGUGGAGGAUACUCUGCAGAAACUUUUCAAACCCAAUUAAGAAAUAUGGAAAAUCCUUCCGAAUUAGUCGAUUUAGAGACUAAGUUGUUUAAGUUUCAGAAAUAUAAAAUGUACCUUCCUAGUUUUCCUCGAUUUAAGCCACAGUAUUGUGUGAUAAGGCCAAGCAGAUGUGUUCCUCCUAGUUCUGUGAAGUAUUCACCUUGAGAUCUUAUUUUGGAAAUAGUUUAAUGGGUACUAUACACAUACUAUACUUGAAAGGAGGAGAAAGUACACAAAAUUGUGUCUUUCUUUUGCCUACUUUCUGCUCCUUUCAAUAGAAAGUUCCUGAUGUUGAAAGUUCCUGAUGUUAUAAAGCGUUUCCGUUAUUAAUUAAAAGUGUUUCUAGGGAAGACACUUAUAUGACCAAAUGCUCUCCUUUUAUGUCUUUACUUGUAUUGUUCAAAGGGUUUUUAAUGAAUAGUGAAAUUCCUAUUAUUAUAAAGGUAUUAAAUGACAUAAAGGAU